AUGGACAUGCUUAAGGCCAAACCCGUCCAUUCAUGUUUGACUGCACCAGUACCACCGCUCGGCAAUCGACUGGCUGAGGUCGGCCUGUUCCCGACCCCACUUUUUUAUGCCGGUGGGGGGACCCUUCGUGGGGAGCUCAUGAUCAUGUACAUAGCCUUCGGGAGGGCUCGUACGGCCGGACGGCAUCCACACUUCAA